AUCUUGAUCAAUGAUCAACACUCCGUCAUUCAGUCAGCAGAGUUGAGAGUUAAGUUGAGUGAGAGAGAGUCAAGAGAGUCAUUGUAAACACACAAAAUGGCGUCGGUGAAUGUGUGCAGUCGUCUUUCUUCUAAUGAUACCAAGCGAUUUCAAGUAUCUGUUAAAGAUCUGGACCAAAUUGUUGGGAUUCUUUCUCAAGAAAUAAGUAAAUAUCUAGAAGUUAAUGAGGAAAACUAUGACAUCAUCUUUGCCGGUCGUGUUCUGAAACCAGAUGCAGUGCUCUCAAAAAUGUCCAUCCACCACUUAUCUACUGUGUAUGUUGUACCCAAAUUUUCAAAUGUGAAGAGUGGUCAGAAAGAUGAGGUUGUUACUGGCCCUUCCAAAAGUGAGGUCACCAUGGCGAUGCAAUCGGCUUUGCUGAAUUUGGAAUACAGAAAUAUUGUGGAACGCAUGCUAUCAGACCCAGACUCUGUAGAAAAUAUCAUUGCAACCACCCCGGGAUUGGACAAAGACCCUGCAGUUUUGGCAAUGCUUCAAAAGCCUGAGCUUGUUGCCAUUCUGGCUCACCCACAAAACAUGGACAGUCUUUUACAGCUUCAUCCAUCCUUUGCUCAAGCUGCUGUUACUAUUGCAACAGCAGUAAACGAGGAAGCACCAAAAUCAGGAAUAUCAGCUUCUGGAGGUGUGUCAUACUCCAUGGACCAGAUGUCGGAUGAGGAUGAGGACAUGUCAGAAGUACAAGCAAACAGAGGUAGAAGGCAAGUACCCCAUGGAGCUUCUGGGAGUCAAAAUAUCACAGCGUCCCAACUGGCAGCAGCACUUCAGGCAGCCACAGGGUCAGGCAGUUCUGGCACCUCACCUCCAGUGGCAGUGGUACCAUCAACUUCCCAACAGUCUAUGUAUUUUUUGCUUGGUAUAUUUCAGCCCGGUCCUUCAGGGAGUGGCACAGCAAUCUCCAGUGACUUUUUCCAGCAAGCCAUGGCUCAUGCUCAGAGUGCUUCUUCUGAUGCUGCCCUCCAACAGCUGCGUGAGAUGGGCAUCACAGACGAGAACGUGGCUCGUCAGGCCUUGGCUGCUACAGGAGGGGACAUCCAAGCGGCCAUUGACCUUAUCUUUGGGGAUGGACUAAUGUAGUCGCCCUCACAAAUUUGUCACGAGUUCAUAAUGUAUGCUUUAAUUAAUUUUUAUUUUCAUGAAGCUAAUAAAAGUGUUUUAUGGUGUUUAUC